GAAAUAUAUACGGUCCAAUCUCAGUUGUUCGCCGGCUUGCGCGCCAAACGACGGGCUGUUUCGCCCGUCUUAUCCGAGAAUACCCCGAACAAAUCUCGAUCAAAGUUCAUAACAAUUUGUUUAUCAUUUACAGCCAGUGUUUUUGUGGUUCGAAAAAAGAACGCGGAACGUUGGAUGGAUUUUUAAAAAAGAGGACACUUAAUCCGGAAUUAUGACAACUGACACGGUUCGCUUGUUACGAAAACCAAAAUGAUGGAAGACAAUGAUUCAAACAUCACGCAUACAUUGACCAAUUUGUUUGAAGAGAUGCUAUUGGAAACUGAGGUAGCGAGCGAGAAUCGGAGCAAUGUAGACUUCUCACACUUUCUAGCCGUGUUGCGUCAACAGUCUUCGAAGAAUAGCAGUCACGAGCCCCUCGACUUCGGAACUCUUGUCAAGUUAGUCGAUGGAUUGCGAAGUAGACUGAACCUAACGAAAUCUACAGAAGCGCCUUGCAAUUACUGCGAUGGAAACUUUCGAGACAUCAUCUUAGCAUACAACAGCAUCCACGGAUACAUCAGUCUCAUUGUUUGUUUCUUCGGCAGCCUGGCCAACGCCCUGAACGUGGCAGUGCUCACUCGAAGGGACUUAGCCGCUGCGCCCAUCAAUCGUCUGCUCAAAUGGCUAGCAGUCGCCGACGUGUUUGUCAUGCUGGAAUAUGUACCGUUCGCUGUUUAUAGAUAUCUGAUUCUGCCAGGCCAGCGCGAGAUGCCGUACAAGUGGGCGGCCUAUCUCCUCUUCCACAUGCACUUUGCGCAGAUAUUUCACACAGCAUCCAUCUGUCUCACCUUAUCCCUUGCUGUUUGGAGAUAUGUUGCGAUCAAAUAUUCGGAUAAAAAUCACAUAUUGUGCACGGAAAGGCGAUGCAGUACAGCCAUAUUGAGCAGCUUCAUACUACCGCCCAUACUAUGUAUCCCUACGUAUAUGGUAUUCGACAUCCACACGGCUGUAGUACUGGAACCCACUGGCCCCAUGAUCCUCUACCACGUCGACUCCGACGAAGAAGGGAACUUGUACCAAAUCAACUUCUGGGUUCACGCAGUACUCAUAAAGCUACUUCCUUGCUGCAUUCUAACAGUCAUCAGUCUUUGGCUCAUACGAGAGGUUUACAGUGCCAAUCAACAUCAGAAGAAAAUCAGGGUUUACAACGCCUGUCCAACGAACAACAAAGCGGUGAAACGACAGUGCAAAGCCGAUAGAAGAACAAAUAGAACAACGAAGAUGCUUGUAGCUGUUCUACUUCUCUUUCUAGUAACAGAGCUGCCGCAAGGAAUUCUGGGACUGUUAAGUGGUUUGCUCGGCCGUUGCUUCUUCAAACGCUGCUAUGAUUUGUUUGGGGAGUUAAUGGAUGCUCUGGCGUUGUUGAAUGGGGCUAUAAACUUCGUGCUGUACUGCUCGAUGUCCAGGCAGUUCCGCAUGACUUUCGGGCAGAUGAUGUGGCGCGCGCAGCUGCACCGCUGGCCCCCACCGCAGCCGUCACACUCCGACGGACAACAUACAGCCAAGUCAUCGCUACCUUGAGGAAGACACGUACAAGAGAAACACGCAACUGUUUUGCAACAUUUCCUGUAAAUAACCAUCUUACGGAUAAGAGUAAUGAUAAUGGAUCUCUACACGUUUUUUAAGAAUUGUGCGAAAAGUGACGUAGCGAUUUCGCUCUUAGCAAGUCGCCGUUUUAUUAGCAUUUCAUGUUUGUUAACUCCCAACGGAAGAUGGAAGGCUUUUAAUGGAAUAUAUUUUAUGGCAAAAUAAUGUCGUGGUGGUAUAUUUUAGCUUGAAUUUGCAUUUCGUAAAUGAUAUUGUGUUUUGUUGAAGCAAUGUUAAAUAAUGUUACAUUAAUCUUACAUUAACACGAUAGUCGAUACAGGUAAUUAAAUUAUUAUAUAUGAAACUAUAAUGAUAUAUAAACUGAAUUUGUAACUACGAAAGGAUAGGCAGAGUUGCAAUUUAUGCAUCAAUGUUUCUGAUUACCUGACUACUGAUUCAUCAUUACAUAGAACAAGUUCCCCGUCGCGUUUGUCUGUACCCAAUAAACUCAGAACUACUAUUACGUUUUUGAUACAAAAUAUGCACAUAUUUAUUCCUUUUGUAGAUAAUGUGUUAAAGCCUAUCUAUUUUUGAACGAUUCACCAUAAUAAAUGUUUGUUUAAAGUAAAAAUGUUACAUUUGUGUAUUUAGGCCUAACAUAAUGUAGUAGCAUAAAGUGUUAGCAAAAAUUUAAUUAUAAUGAAUACGCACAUGUUUUAAAAUAUCACUUUUUUAUUUGCUAAUGCUACUUGUUGUAUUAAAAUAUUAAGAUAGUGUCCAUUAAAAUUUAUAAGGUCACGUUGUCAAAUAAAUAAUUAAUAUGAAAUCUUAUUUACGAAUAUGUAAUUCUACUAAUUGGAAAAUAAAUUCAUCUUUUAAAUUAUGAUGCUCUGCGCACGUAUAUGCAAAUUAUAUCAUACCCAACCUAGCUUCUAGCUUGUGUAUGAUUUUAAUACAAUUUUAUAUUACCCAAUUAAUUUUCGUAACUUCAUUGAGGUCAAUUGAAUUGUUUAGACUAAAUAAGUACGUACCUAUUUUAAUUAUUAUAUUCAUAAGGCUACAGAUAUAGUGAAAUGUAGAAUGGAAAAUCGUAUCUAUUAGUGCAAACCUAUGCACGAAUUACGGAAUUCCGAAGGAUUCUGACGUAGCCAGCUACCACUAUACCUAAAACCACAAUGUACUACAAUAUCGACUUAAUCAAGAUUUCUAACAUAAGACGAUGAUGAAGACGAAGCAAUCAUAAUUAUCGAAUGAAAAAUUUCGCAAGUAUUUCGCAAUGGACUAUAAUAUGAGGCCACCUAACCAUUCACGCUUUUUAUCCCCAAUAGGGUAGGCACAGGUGUAACUUGUGUAACACUUUUAGCCAUGUGUUCUGUCCCAUGAUGCGAUAGCGGGUCAGCCUAUCGUCAUAUCGUGCACAAGUUUUAGACUCUGGACUGAUCGAGCAGAAAAACCCGAUAUAACUGCUUGUUCCAGGAUUCGAACCCGAAACUUCAAAGCGGUCGUAUUUACCACUAAUAUAACUGCGCCGCCGAGGCACGCUUUUAUCGAAGCAGGCCGGCGUAAUUUUAAUAAAUUAUUCGGCACUAUACUUGGACAUUAUACCUAACACAAAAUCCUACUAGAUUAUUACAUUAUUAUUAUUUAUACUUAAUUUGCUUCAGUAAAGCAAGGCAACAACAUAUUGGACUGACCAUGUCCUUUCAUUACAAUCUCACCCUAUUCAAUGUGCUGAUUUUUAAAUUACAACACAAACAAGUAAAUAACGACAGUUGUGUGCGAAUUUCUUCCACUCCUAUCAGUCAAGUUAUAAUUGAUUUGAUCUAUAACUUUUAAUUAACAAUUGAAACAACGGAUAUUUUCCGAUAUUUAACAAAAUUAGCCAAUAAUAAGAAUGCAUGAGUCCGAUAAUUUUUUUUCAUAACACUGAUUUCAAAUAUAUAAUUUAUCAUGGCAAAAUUAGCUUAAAUCUAGCUUUACACCCGUCAAUAUAUAUUUUUUUCAUAUAAAAACAUUAUAUAUUAUGUAUGCCAAGUCUAUGUGUACAUUUAACGGUGCCAUACUUGCAUUUCGUAGUUUUAUAAUAUAUUUAAGACGUUGUAGUAUUGUAUUAGCUAUGUUUCUCUUGUGCGAUGAAAUGUUAGUUGUUAAGUAUAUGCUAGUCAUUUUGCUAAAUGUUUUUUCGUUCGCCAUCGAGUUAUGCUCACGUAUACAAAAGUUGAUGUAAAGGUGUACAUAUCGUUUUAUAAAUAAAGUUUUUAUUGUG